CCAUCGAAAUCCUCUCUCUCUCUCUCUCUCUCUCUAAAUAAUUUAGACUUUUGGUCUGAAAACUUUACUUUUGAGUUUUGAGCCUUCUCCAGUUCUUCUGCUCCAUCACUUUCAAGGGUUCCACACUGUUCCCUCGUCGGUCACUCGCUUCAUCCUCCUUAUCACUUAAUUUUCACCAACUAAACCCCCUCUGAAGAACCUCCACUUCCAAGUUCCAAGUUUCCAUGGAAAUUUUACCUCCCCUGUUCCUCUUUUUUCUCCUCUGCAACUGCUCCCUUUCAAUGGCGUCUCUAAACGAAGAAGGCAAUGUCCUUUUGUCUUUCAAAAACUCCAUUACAGAAGACCCAGAGGGCUCCCUCAGCAACUGGAAUUCUUCAGAUCAAAACCCCUGUUUUUGGAAUGGAGUUACAUGCAAGGAUCUGAGAGUUGUUUCUCUUAGCAUUCCUAAGAAGAAACUUAAUGGGGUUCUUCCUGCUUCUCUGGGGUUUCUCUCUGCGCUCCGCCAUGUGAAUCUCAGGAGCAAUAAACUCCAUGGAACCUUGCCAUUGGAGCUUUUUCAAGCUAAUGGAAUCCAAAGUUUGGUGCUUUACGGGAAUUCCUUCUCUGGGUCGGUGCCAACUCAGAUUGGUAAGCUUAAAAACCUCCAAAUCUUGGAUUUGUCUCAGAAUUUACUUAAUGGGUCGUUGCCUGUUUCGUUAAUGGAAUGCAGAAGAUUGAGGAUUCUUGAUCUUAGUCAGAAUAAUCUUUCCAAUUCUCUGCCUAGUGGGUUUGGUUCCAGUUUGAAUUUCUUGGAAAAGUUGGAUCUUUCUUACAAUAAGUUCAAUGGGCCAAUUCCUAUGGACAUUGGUAAUUUGUCUAGCUUGCAAGGGACUGUUGAUUUGUCUCAUAAUUUGUUUUCUGGUCCAAUCCCAGCCAGCCUGGGAAACCUUCCUGAAAAGGUUUAUAUUGAUCUUACCUAUAAUAAUUUGAGUGGUUCGAUUCCCCAAAAUGGUGCUCUUAUCAACAGAGGACCAACUGCUUUUAUUGGCAAUCCUGGACUCUGUGGAGCUCCGUUGAAGAAUCCGUGCUCUUUGGAGACUCCGGGCGCGAGUUCGCCGUCCUCCUUUCCAUUUUUCCCGGACAAUUAUCCACCUGGGGGUUCUGAGGGUAGUGGUAAAAAGUAUGACAAAGGAGGGGUGAGUAAGAGCACUUUGGUUGCGAUAAUCAUCAGUGACAUUAUCGGUAUUUGCCUGAUCGGGUUGCUGUUUUCGUAUUGCUAUUCGAGGUUUUGCACUCAUAGAAAUGGGAAGAAGGCAGACCAAUCUAAUUAUGGGUUUGAGAAGGGUGGAAGAAAGGAUUGUCUCUGCUUUCAGAAGGGUGAAUCCGAGAACGUUUCGGAGCAUAUAGAGCAGUUUGAUUUGGUACCUCUGGAUUCACGCGUCACGUUUGAUCUUGACGAGCUUCUCAAGGCAUCGGCGUUCGUUUUAGGAAAAAGCGGGAUCGGGAUAGUGUAUAAAGUUGUGCUUGAAGAUGGACUUACUCUAGCUGUGAGAAGAUUGGGUGAAGGAGGUUCUCAAAGGUUCAAAGAGUUUCAAACUGAAGUUGAAGCAAUUGGGAAGUUGAGGCAUCCAAAUGUUGUUAGCCUUAGAGCAUAUUAUUGGUCUGUUGAUGAGAAAUUGCUUAUUUAUGAUUAUAUACCAAAUGGGAACCUUGCAUCUGCCAUUCAUGGGAAGCCAGGAACGACAUCGUUUACACCGUUACCAUGGUCUGCUCGGUUAAGAAUCAUGAAAGGCAUUGCGAAAGGAUUGGUUUACUUGCAUGAGUUUAGCCCCAAAAAGUAUGUCCACGGUAAUUUGAAGACGAACAACAUACUUCUUGGACACGACAUGGUACCGCAUAUUUCUAAUUUCGGACUCGCCCGCCUAAUUAACAUUGCUGGAGGGUCUCCGACUGUGCAAUCGAGUCAUAUGGCGGAGGAAAAAUCACAAGAGAAACAAUUGAAGUCUGCAACCUCUGAAGCUAGUACAUUCAGUUCUAGUAUGAGUUCUUACUACCAAGCCCCAGAAGCCUUCAAAGUCGUGAAGCCAUCACAGAAAUGGGACGUUUACUCGUACGGUGUGAUAUUACUCGAAAUGAUCACCGGAAGGUUGCCAAUAGUUCAGGUGGGAGCCUCGGAAAUGGAUCUUGUGCAAUGGAUUCAACUCUGCAUCGAGGAAAAGAAGCCACUCUCAGACGUUAUAGACCCAUCUCUGACUCCAGAUGACGACACAGACGAGGAGAUCAUCGCGGUUUUGAAGAUUGCAUUAGCUUGUGUUCAUAAUAGUCCCGAAAGAAGACCCAUGGUGAGACAUGUUUCUGAUGCUCUGAGCAGGUUGGCUGCCACUCCAAAUUGAACAACAAAAUCACAUAAACUCAAAAGUUCAAGCUCCCUCAAAAGGGGUUCAAAAAAGAAACUCCCUUUUUCGAUGCUUCGGACACGAACCGGAGAAUAAAAUCAAGAAGCUGGAAAAUGAAGCGGAGUUUUAUGUUCAUUUUGAACAAAAACCAGUGUCAUAAGAGUGAGGGCGUGAACUAGCAGAGCAGUUCUUCAAACUUGCUUUCUUGCAAUAGAAUUCGUUUGUCUCAUUUUUACUGUCUCAAACUUCAUUAUGGAACACAUCAAUGUCCAAAAUCUAUGGUUGUUUCUCUCUUGAAACUAA